AUGAUUUAUGUCUCAAAUGGACAAGUAUCAGACAACCAGAGUCAGUCCCCAUGGAGAUUAUCUUUGAUAAAAAAUUAAUUCUGAGGGGGAACCAGCAGAAUAGCCAAGUUUGUAGUUCUGUUUUUCAAAACUCUGCUUCAGCAAAAGAGACGAGACUACGGAAACUCAUCUGAUUCCAGAUAUGGUGACAGAAGAGGGCCACCCAGAAGCCCUCCCAGAAGAAUGAAUCUAAUUAAUCAUCUGCUUGGCUCCAGUCCUCCUCCAAUCACCGGUGGAUGA